AUGGGCACCUCCCUAUCUCCUCUCAUCACUGAAAUCUCCACGACAUCCCUCGAAGAAUCACCCCUCUCCACAGCACCAUUCCAUCCCCUCUGCUGGUACCGAAACGUAGACGACACAUUCACCACCAUAGCCCACCAGAACGACCCCACAGAGUUCCUUGAACAUCUCAACGCCGAGCACCAGAGAAUCCAGUUCACCAUGAAAACCGACACUAAUCAACAUCUUCCUUUCCUAGACGUGUCCCCCCAAACCACAGAUGAUGCACUAAGAACAUCAGUGUACCGCAAGCCAACACACACAAACCAGUACAUCCACUACAACUCCUGCCACCAUCUCCAGAUAAAACAAGCCAUCAUCGCCACCCUCACCCGACGUGCCAAAUCCAUUUGUCACCCUGAUGCCCUAAGCAGUGAACUGGACCAUCUCAAGGAAACAUUCACCUCCCUCAACAGCUAUAUCUGCCCACCAAGUCUCCAAAACCAUCCGCAAGACCCUCAAGGACUCCAACCCCAGGCCCAAACCAGCUCCUUCGCCCAUCAGAGUCACCAUACCCUACCAAGGCCCUGUCACUCAUCAGAUUCCCGCUUCAUCAAGAACAAAGCCUACAUAGAUGUCACCUUCUCUAGCGGCAAGUCCAUCAAGACCCAUCUACAAGCCAAGGGCAGAGACACAAGCACAUAG